CAAGCCACCACGCCCGCCCCCACCCACUUGACACCUCCUUUCCCCUGCAUUUGGCCCUGCCCACCCGCGCCUUGAGCUUCUCCCCUUCUUACCCGACCGCCGGGCUCUUGUGGCGGUGGCGGUGGAAAUGGCCACCAGCGUGUAUAUGCAUGUCGGGCCGUCGGAGCAGGCGGCCCGCGCGGCCGGGCGGCCGGUGCCCCAGCCCGGCAGGCAGACCAGGCCCCGGCCCCCCGUGGCCGAGCAUACGCCAUACGGGCCGGCUGGCCCGCACGCCGGCCACCCGCUGGCGGUGUAUGGCGCGGCCGAGGGCCCGGCGCCCGGCGCCCGGCCCCCGGCCCCGGCGCUGGCCGAGCAUGCCGAGGGCGACGAUGAAUCCAGCCGCUAUCUGGUCAUCUCGUAUGUGAGGAACCUGGCCCCCGGGGCGCCGCCGCUGCGGCUGGACAUCUACCUGCUGGCAUGUGAGAGGGCAUCCUGGCAUCCGGGGCGCAUUCCCUUCGCCAAUUACUCCGCCUACACGGCCUACUUCCGGGAGGUCCUGCCGACGCCGAGGAGAAUGAACAUCUUCCACAGCUCGAGGGCCGUGGGUGCGAUGACCAUCGCCGGGAUCUCCCUGUGUGUUUUGAUCGCCGGAGCUGCCACGCCGCCCAGGAAUGUGGUGCUGCUGGCUGUCGGCCUCUCUGGCUUGGGCCUCUCUGCGGUGGUGCUACUGGUGCGUGAGAUGGAUGGCCGAGCAGCUGGGUCGCUGUGCGCCCGACGGGGGGCGGGAGGGGCGGCCGCUGUCCAGCCGCUCUGCCCCUGCCCGGUGGGGCCCCAUGUGAGGAGGAGCCACUGACCGCUCGGCGCCACCGUGGGCCUGCAGUACUUCCUGGUGCGCAUCCUCCGCGCGCGCUCGGCCCACCGGGCCCGAGGGGAGCUGGAGAGGCAGGCGGCCGAGUGCGCCCAGGCCGGGAGGAUGCCGCCCGUCGAGACCUUGGGGAUCUGCAAGUUCUGCACCAGCAAAAGGUCCUUCGAGCGUGGGGCGUACGCCGUGUGCCGUCGGCCGGAGGCGGUGGCAUUGCCCCCGACGGUGGCCUGCAUCGAUCGCCUGGGCGCCUCCUACCACCGGUACAUGCUCAAGCUCCUGCGGCAAAUCCAGCGCGACUGACAUGCGCGCGGGGCGCCACACGUCGGCCGGCUGUCGGCUGCGGGGAGCAGCGGCCAAUGGCCGGGGGGGGGG